AUGUUCCACUUACGUGUCACUGCCUGGGCGCAGAAACUUCUCGCGAUGGCCAUUGUCCUCGGGCUGCCGAGCCCCGCGGACUCCGAGGCCUUCUCCAGGACUGCAUGCGUCGGCUCGCCGUCGAGGUACCCGGACGACGAGCGAGACCGCGUCAAGGUCUUCGAGGAGCUGCACGGCGAGUGGCCGCCACCGUGGACGUACCCCGGGGGAAGGCCGCGGGCGGAGACGGAGACGGCAGGCUGGGCGAAGAUGAUGGAGGACUUCGAGAGCAGAACAGAAAAUACAAACAGAGAACAGCAACAACGAACAACCAACACUUAA